UACAAACAUAUGAGGUAAAAACAGAGUCUUUGUUAGCUAGAGAAAGAUGGGAAAGUACAUGAGGAAAACCAAUAUCUCCGGCGACACGGCGGUGACCCAGCCUUCAUUUGGUGUCCGAACCAGGGCCAAAACCCUAGCCUUACAAAAACUACAAUCAGCUUCCGAAUCCACCUAUCUUCAGCUCCGAAGCCGAAGACUCGAAAAACUUCUUCCAUCUGUGGUUGAAUCAAAGAAACUGCAGCCGAGAAAGCACCACCAUGUUAAAUAUGUUGAUUCUGGUAAUAGUCCAAGUCCUAAUUCAAGAAGUGGUUCAAGGCUAAGAUCCAUUGAGGUCAAUUCCGUUUCUGUAGGUAAAGAGGAAGCAAUUGAUGGUUUUAUUAUGGGGAGAGUAUGGAAUGAAGAUGAAACAGAGGAGAAAAUUGAAUUUGAAAGGAAUAUUAGGGAAAGAACACCUUGUAGCUUGAAUCAGGGAUCAAAUACAGCAGCAGGAACACCUAAUUUCACCAUAACAACAUGGGAAAUGGAGCAGUUCUUUUCUUGCACAGAACAGUUGGAGCAAAAGAUUUUUACUGAAAAGUACAACUAUGACUUUGUUAAUGACUUGCCCCUGCCUGGACGAUAUGAAUGGGUUGAGAAUGGAUCUACCCUCAUCAAUUGAUCACUUUUAAGAAAGAUUAUGCAGAAGAAUUAACAUGAUGGCACCAUUAAUGUACUAGUUUCAUUUUGCUAGUUUUGUCCAUAACUGUAGGUAACUGAUAUGAUGAAUUACUAAGUAUGUUUUUAGUAGUAGUUUAUGUUCCUUUUA